GAUAAUUAUAUGUAUCUUUUUAAAGAAACCGCGAAUAUGGGGUUUUGAGGUGCGAACGAAGCUCCACGGCGUCGACUGGGCAGAUUUGAGCUCCUAUCAUGUGGGCAGCCACCGUCUCCUUCCCUUCAAUUUCAAAUCUUCGGGGACCCAUUCUUCCGAAUAAUCGAACGGACGGUUCAAAGCGCCCAUCCCUGAAUUUUCGAGCUUCUUUCUCUGAUUAUCCUCUUGCCAGCAGACUCCUGGUUAGAAGUAAAUUCACUUUCCUCUUCCUUUCGUUUCAGUUGAUUUUCCAUUUGGAAAUUUCCCCUCCAAUUUGUUGUGUUCACUGUGAUGUCAAUUUCUCUGUUGCUCCUCUAGCUAGUUUGAACUUUGAAGGAUCAAAUCUGAACAGUAUGCGAGUUGUUUUAAGAAGAGAAGAUUUACCAUACUCCACCAAAGAGAGUCGGCUGCAAGAAGAAUUUUCAAAUUUUGGUGAGAUUGCUGAAGUGUUAUUAGCAAAAGAUCAAUUAACAAAAAGACCAAAAGGUUAUGCAUUUAUUCAAUACACUUGCCAAGACGAUGCGAUGCUUGCGCUAGAAAACAUGGAUUGCAAGAAAUUUGAUGGAAGGAUGAUCUAUGUGGAACUUGCAAAACCUGGUAGUAGUUCCUUUGGAGGAUAUCCAAGAACCUCUGGACCCCCAAAAGAGCGGCCUAAAGUGGAGCUACAAGAGGUGGCAGAUUGUUGGUAUUGAUCUUCUUUUUACUGAGAUACACAAUAUAGGACACAGAUGGCUUAACAGUUAUGACAGUUGUGCCCAAUGAGAUUCAGAUCAAUCCCAAAUCCCCAAAGAAUCUGUGAGUGCUGAAGUGUUUGCUAAGAUAGAUUCAUUACAUAUAUUUUCUCAAGCUUUAAAUGCUGAUGCCAUUCUGCAACUAUUCUCCUGUAUUUUGUUACUGGAAUAGUUAUCUUUUUGUAAGAACACUGUAUAUGACACUUGAUACAUCUUCUAGUGCAUAUUGCUUUAUGUGGUGUUGCAAUUGAGAUUAUGGAAAAUGCGGAAAUUCGUAAUGCAAAUACCUUUACAAUGUCUUUC